AUGCAAUAUUUAUUGAAGAAUUAUGACCACGACAAUUUAUUGACUCCAACUGACCCUAAUCAACAAAUUAAAGUAGAUUAUUACUUGCAUUAUUCCGAGGGAACUCUACAACAUAUCACGAUAGCAUUAUUGAUCAAUUCGGUAGCAAAGAGUAUUGCCCCAUUCGGGACGAAAAGUGUGGUCAAGUUAGUAACUAAGGGAAUAAAUAAUGGCUACUAUGUUCAUGAAUGGAGAUUGAAUAUGCAGUACUUGGAGGAUCAGCUAGCAAAAGAAGGAACAGGUUAUUUUGUAGGAGAUAGUUUGACUGGAGCGGAUAUUAUCCUCAGUUUCCCUAUAUACGAGAACGUGUUUGAUAACGAAGUGCAGAUUAAGGACAUUACCGGAGAAAAAGGAGAUUUGUAUAAGAAAUACCCAAACCUUGCUGCUUGGUGUGAUAAAAUUAGACAUAACCCUCUGUAUAUUAAGAUAACCGAGAUUAUGGAUGAGAAGGUAAAUAACUACAUACGUAGGUCUUCGACCUCAAGUAAGUGA